AUGUAUUAGAAGAAAUAGAUGUUCUGCCAAAGAAAGUUAAAAAAAAAAAGAGAAGCUUUAAUUUAAAUUGGGCCUUUAUAAAAACAUUGUGAUAAUUUAGAAAAAAGAAUAUAUGAAUUAGAAAGUGAAAAUUCUAUUUUAAAAAAUAUUAUAGGAGAUUUAGUUAAAAACAAUGGAUAAAAUAAAAUUGAAGAAAUAAUUGAACCUAUUGAUAAGAUUAUAUCAAAUUCUAUGAAAGAAAAAAACAAAUAUUUUAACUUUUAGGAAGAUAAUUAAAUUUAUAUAAAUAAAAAAAUCAAAUAAAUUUGA